AUGGACAAAUGGUUCGGGGAGAAACGGUUGUGGUUGUUUGGUAAUCAUUUGCCGCUACUACCACGCAGCAAUCUACCCUUCAGAUGGACAUCAGGCGAGUCAAAAGCAGAAGGAGUUAUCAAAGCCAUACAGGAAAGAUCCCGCGGCAGCAGUAGAAUGGACCGGUACGAGAAGCUCAGCCGGCUCGGUGAAGGCUCGUACGGGGUGGUGUACAAGUGCCGUGACCGCGAAACGGGCUCACUCGUCGCGGUCAAGCGGUUCGUCGAGUCCGAGGACGAUCCGGCCAUACGCAAGAUAGCGCUGCGCGAGAUACGCCUGCUGAAGAACCUGAAGCACCCGAACCUCGUCUGUCUGCUGGAGGUGUUCCGACGAAAGCGCCGCCUGCAUUUAGUGUUUGAAUUUUGCGAGCACACGGUUCUGCACGAGCUGGAGCGACACCCAGAGGGAUGUCCCGAUAAUCUGACGAAGCAGAUAACAUACCAGACGAUCCAGGGCGUUGCCUACUGUCACAAACAAGGCUGCCUGCAUCGGGAUAUCAAGCCGGAAAACAUUCUCCUAACCGCCCAGGGUCAGGUGAAGCUGUGUGACUUUGGCUUUGCCCGCAUGCUCAGUCCUGGUGAAAAUUACACAGACUACGUCGCCACACGGUGGUACCGAGCACCGGAAUUGCUGGUCGGAGAUACCCAGUAUGGAACACCGGUGGACGUGUGGGCCAUUGGGUGCGUGUUUGCGGAGUUGGUGCGUGGUGAUGCUCUCUGGCCUGGUCGCAGUGAUGUCGAUCAGCUUUACCUGAUACGGCGAACUCUCGGUGAUCUUCUACCUCGGCAUCUAGCUAUAUUCAAUCAGAAUGAGUUUUUUAAGGGUAUCACUCUGCCCGUGCCUCCUACUUUGGAAACAUUGGAAGCCAAGAUGCCCUCACGUACCUUAGCAAAUCCUUUGAUGAUGGAUUUCCUGAAAAAAUGCCUGGACAAGGAUCCGGCCAAACGUUGGUCCUGUGAGCGCUUAGGAGCGCACCCGUACUUUGAGGACUACAUCACCAAGCAGAAGGAGAUCGAGCAGACGAUCACGCUCGAGCAGAAGCAACUCGGCAAUCGGGAGCUGAAGCCGAAAACUUCCAACACCUCGUUGCCGCAGCUGCCCGGCACGCAGGAGUCACGGGUACCGCAAAAGAACCUGUUCCUGCGAUCGGAUCAUCACCUGCCAACCAUAUAAAGGGACAGGGAUCUUGGCACGCUAAUUUCAGCACACGUGAGCUAACGUGGGGAAGAUUGUGGUGUGAUUGCGGCAUGAAAGCCAUCGAGCACGACACGUCGUACGCCCAACAGAGUUCUUAAUUUUGUGUUUGCGCAGCUGCUAGACAUGUGUGCAUUCUAAGUGUCCGUAAGCACAAAGAACCAUUUCCUGCAAUAUU